AAAAAAGAUUGAGGGAUAAGGCAAAAGCUGAAGAAAUGUGACAAUUCAACGGUCAUUUUCAUGGCGAAGGGAAAACUGGUGCGAAAGGAGUUAUUCUGGGACUCCUUCGAGCCUCGAAACGCUGGAUCAAAAUGCUCAUAGUGGAGAAGACCACAGAUUUCCCCUCUGCUGAGUUCUCUCUGGUGGAGGAUGUGGCUCUGCACUUCACCUGUUUGAUGGACAGGCUGAACGAGCAGCGCCUCUUCCAGCCUGACCUGUGUGACGUCGACAUCGUUCUGGUGCGUCAGCACAGCACCUUCCCGGCCCACAAGGGCGUGCUGGCGGCCUACAGCCCUUUCUUCCACUCUCUUUUCGCCCAAAGCAAACAGCUGCGGCGGGUGGACCUGUCGCUGGACGCCCUGACCUCACAGGGCCUGCAGCAAAUCCUCAACUUCAUUUACACCUCCAAGCUGCUUGUGAGCAGCCGCACUGUCCGCGACGUGCUCAACGCCGCGACCCUGCUUCAGAUGAGCGACAUCGCAGCCUCCUGCCGCGACCUCAUCAGCAGCCACUCGCUCAGAACCACCUGUGCAGAUAUGGCCAGUCAGGAAGGGCUCGGUGGCGGUGACCCAGCUGCUGUAGCGAUGCCCCCCAGCCAGCUGUACUCGGAGAUCAAGCAGGAGUCGGAGCUGGGGAGGGUGUACAAGAGGGAAGGCAGCAGCCCGUUCUCUGUUAGAGUGGAGGAGGCGGGCAAGACGACCUCCCAGCAGAAGCAGUAUUACCAGAAAGAGGACGGGUCAGGGGGCGGGGCGAGCACAGGUGUGGCUGCUUUGUGCAAAGUCGAGAGCAAUGGGGAGGAGUCGAAAACCGCUGAUGGCCACGCCUCCUUCAACAGAGACCAGAUCAUUGUUGAGGUCAACCUCAACAACCAGACCCUGAAUGUGUCAAAGGGAUCAGAGGGCAAAUCCGCCACCGCCACGGAGACGGCCACCAUCUUUGGUCACUGCCAUGACAACGAGAGAGACUCGGAGGACGAUGAGGAGAAUGAGGCGGAGAACAACGACACAGUUGGAGAAGAGGAUGACGAUGACCUGAGGAGGGGGGACGUACUGGGGCACAGCAGUGAGGAGGAAGAUGAGGAGGAAGACGAGGAAGAGGAGGAGAACACACUUAACAUUCCAGGCUUGGAGCAGCCGACCAUGAUGGAUCGACCUCGCCGGGGCACCAGGGCCUUUGCCAUGGCGGGUACGACUGCCUCCAUGCGGCAGACACUCACAGAGGCCACGCUGGCCAACCAGCGGCAGGGCGGGAAGAGGACGCUGGACGCAGAGGGCCUGGGCCAGAAGGUGAGGCUGGAGGAAAAGCAACAUUUCCCCUGUAAGAAGUGCCCUCGCGUCUUCAACAACUGCUGGUACCUGGAAAAACACAUGAACGUCACUCACAACCGCAUGCAGAUCUGCAACAACUGCGGGAAGCGCUUCCUGCUGGAGAGCGAGCUGCUGCUGCACCAACAGACCGACUGCGAGAAGAGCAUCCAGUGUGUAACAUGUGGCAAGGCCUUCAAAAAGCUGUGGUCGCUACACGAGCAUAACAAGAUCGUCCACGGCUACGCCGAGAAGAAGUUCUCCUGCGAGAUCUGCGAGAAGAAGUUUUACACCAUGGCUCAUGUCAGGAAGCACAUGGUCGCCCAUACGAAGGACAUGCCGUUCACCUGUGAGACAUGCGGGAAGUCGUUCAAGCGCAGCAUGUCCCUUAAGGUUCAUUCUCUGCAGCACUCAGGAGAAAAACCCUUCAAGUGCGAGAACUGUAGCGAGCGCUUCCAGUAUAAAUACCAGCUGCGCUCCCACAUGAGCAUCCACAUCGGACACAAGCAGUUCAUGUGCCAGUGGUGCGGAAAGGACUUCAACAUGAAGCAGUACUUUGACGAACACAUGAAGACACACACUGGAGAGAAGCCGUACAUCUGUGAGAUCUGUGGGAAGAGCUUCACGAGCCGGCCGAACAUGAAGCGCCACCGCCGCACCCACACGGGGGAGAAGCCCUACCCCUGCGAGGUGUGUGGCCAGCGCUUCCGCUUCUCCAACAUGCUCAAGGCCCACAGGGAGAAAUGCUUCCGCGUCAGCAACCCCAUGGUUACCGACGGCAACAACCCCCUCGGCCUCGACCAGCCUCUGGCCUCGCCCGCUGUGGACUCUUCCGGUCAGGUGCAGCUGGGGGCGGGGCUCCCGGCCACGUCUGUGACCACACCCGCUGCUGCCUCUAGCCCCCACCCCCUCCAUGGAACCCAGCUGUCUCUCCCCUUGCUGCACUCCAUGGGCGGGCUGCCUCCCACCCCACAUUUACCCCCGCCACCUCCCCUGUUCUCUGCUGGUAGGAUGAACUCCAACAACUAACAAAUCUCUGUAGCAUCAAAAGCACUUUGAUUACUUUUUGUUUUGUUUUUCGUAGAGCUUUUAAGAGGACUCCUGCAGCGGGAGAGUGACCCACCUCAGCGAUAUUUACACUGAGGGGGAAAACUGACUGAAGGCUACAUGGAGGCCUCAUGAAAAACAUGCAUACACCUACCACAAUAAGAAAUAGUUAUUUUUUACUCUGUUCAAUACAAUAGAUAACCUCAGAGUCCAGUAGGACGUGUUGUCACCACGCUUCUCCUCAUGCAUUUCACAACUCUGUUCUGGUUUCAUUUGGGAUUUUCCACUACCACACACAUCUCUCCGGAGCCUUGCACAAUGCGUUGAUUGUAGCAUCUUUUACAAAGUAGGAGGAGGAGUUUCCUAAAUCUUCACUCUUACGUAGGUCAUCAGGCGAGCAAGAACCAUACUAUGAUGAGAAAAAAUGCUUUAUUUUUGGUCGUUCUCUGCCAAGAUGUAGCGAGUGGUUCUGGUCUGACCCAGCAAUAACCAAAUGCUGAUUUGUCUUUGAGCAUAUACUGUACAUGUAUAUGGCAUUGCCAAUAACCAAAUCCUGUUAGCUCACCCGCUAUAGUUAGAAAAAAUUAAACAGCAUUUAUAAUCGAUCCUGCACCUUACAUUUAACUCUAGUGAUAUUUAAAAUGUACUCCUAAUUGUCUUCAUUUUUAUAAUUGUGGUAGUGUGUAAUUCGUGGCACGUUGCGUCUAUUUGUCAGGACGUAAGAGAAGUCGUGAUGCGUGGAGAGUCAGUCGUGCAAUGCAGUGUGUGGUGUUUGUGACUGUGUGUGUGUGCGUGAGAGCAAAGACGGGAGAUGACGAGCUUCAGAUCUAUGUUAAGCUAAUCGACGCUUGAGCUUCCCCGAGUCAGGAGAUGGAGUAACUUGUCGACUCGCAUCUUUUGCUUACAUUAAGCAAGACCGCUCUUCUCCUGUAGAUCUGGCUUUGAGAUGAUAUGGCACUUUUCUGUGACUUGUUAGUAAAACCUAAUGUACUCAGCCCUACAGUGUAUUUGUAGGUUUAAAAUCUAAUGUUAAUGUUAACUUCCAGCUCAUUUCCCAACUAAACCCGAUCUAUGUAAUUAGUUACCAAGAGUGUAGGGAUAAUAAUCGCAAAAACCUGCUUAUGUAGCUCAUUAAGUGUGCACAUGUCAUCAUGAUGUAUAUUGUGAAAUGGUAAACGUUAUAUUCCAAUGCUUAAAUCUCUCAAAGAGCACUGACAGCGAUUACUUGUGGCACAACAGAGCGCAUCACUAAAAGGGCUCCUUAUGAUUACAUCGCUAUUAUAAACUAGUCAGUUCCUCAUAACAGUGAUCUGCAGAAGCUGAUCAAACACAUUCAGGAUGUAAUACUGCUCAAAAAUGUGUGGCUCUAUGUGCACUUUUGACAACUUUAAAAGAAUAUUAAAUCAAAUCCUUGUCAGUAAAAGUUUUUCUAAAGGAAUGUCUGACAUUUUGGGAAAUAAACAUCUUCGCUUUCUCGCUGAGAGUUAGAUGAGAAGACUGGUACCACUCCUGUGUCUGUAUGAUAAAUAUGAAGCUAAAGCUUGCAGGUGGUUAGCUUAUGUAGCUUAAUACAAAGAUUGGAAACAAACGGUAACUGCUAGCGUGGCUCUGUUUGAAGGUAAACAGUCACAUAUAAGUGUAAUAAUGCCAAUUUGUGAUUUUGCUGGGGUUUAGAAUGCUUUUUUAGAUUAGUAAACUAAAACAAGAUACGUUAGCUUAGCAUAGAGACUAGCAACAGGGGGAAAUGGCAAGCCUGGCUCCGUCAAAGGGGAACAAAACCUGCGUACCAGCUCCUCUAAAACUCAUAAAUUAGCCAAGUCCCUGCUUCCAGUCUUUCUGAACUGAGCUGACUGACUGUUGGCUUUAGCUUCAUAUUUAAUGGACAGAUAUGAGAGUGGUAUCAACCUUCUCAUCAAAAUCUCUGUAAGGAUAAUCAUACUUCUCAAAAUGUCAAAAUAUUCCUUUAAAUCAAUCAAUGAAUUAUCCAAAAAUAGUCUCUGUGCACUAUCGAUGCACUCCCGCUCACUUUAUCUAUAGAUAGCCUAUUUGUAGUGUAGCAUUAACCUGUAAAUAUUGUUAAGAUGUGUUUCUUCCUUGUGAUUAAUUCCUCAUGUUUACAUUUGGAGAGUCAGUUGAAUGUGCCCCCACAUGUGUCUUGGCUGGUACUACCGAAAGUUGGAAUUUGUGGAUAAGCUUUUGUAAAUGUAAUAAGAUGUUCAUUGUUUAUUUAAAAGACAAAUUUAAGCACCUUAGUGUUGUCUUAGCUCACCCCAGUUAACAUGCAUUUCUUAAACUGCCAUGGAAAAAUGG